AUGACUUGGUCAGUGAGAAGCAGCAUAAACGACAGCAGUUUCAGUCCUUCAAACGGAACUAACGGAAGGACGCGUAUAAUUAGAGUGAUUCAAGAAUUUCGGACCACGUUAGGUUCUAAAAUUGAGAAGGUAAAGAAAAAUCUUCCAAUGAAGCUUCUUUUCUUCUUGGUUGGAUUUUAUUGUGCAACUGCCUUUUCCACUGUUAUUGGACAAACUGGUGAUUGGGAUAUUCUAUCUGCUGCCUUAGCUGUUGUUGUUGCGGAAGGCAUUGGUGCUCUCAUGUACAGUGCUUCUCUUCCUUUAUUUACCAAAAGCCUAAUAUCGGUGUUUAAUUAUUGGAAAGCUGGCCUUACAUUGGGACUUUUCUUGGAUUCAUUCAAAUAUUAA